ACGGCCGGUGUGAGCAUGGUGGCGCCAUCUGGUCAGCACCAGCUGUGCGGCAGACGCACGCUCUGCGCGUGGGAUCGUCAUGGCAACCGUCACCUAGCAGACGACGACGCGAGGAGAUGGCAGCGGCAGCGCAGACGGACAGACGAUCGGCAAGGAAACACUGUUGCACCAGAAACGCAGAUGUGCUGAGAGGAAACAGUGCUGCACCGGAGGCACGGGCGAAUGAGAAGGGAUGAUGUUGCACCGGAAAUGCAAGCAAUCGGAGAGGAAACUGUGCUGUGCUCGAAAUACAGACGAUCCGGCAGUAAAAACUGUGCUGCGCCGAGAACACGGACAAGCUGAGAGGAAAUUGUGCUGCACCGAAAACAAUGGAAUAGCUCAGAGGAAACACUGCUGCGCCGAAAACAGGGAAAGGCUGAGAGGAAAUGGCGCUGUGCCAAAAACACAGCCGAGCAGAGUGGAAAUAGUGUUGCGCCGAAAAAUCGGACUAGGAUUCGACGUCCGGCGCCAGUCAAGCGGUCAAUCAGACCGGGCACAGCGCGUAUGUGCGGAUGAGGAGGCAGAGAGAGCGUGGCUUCCCAUGACGACGACGGGAGUGAGCGUGAUGCGCGGUGCGGAUGAGGAGGCAGAGAGAGCGUGGCUUCCCAUGACGACGACGGGAGUGAGCGUGAUGCGCGGUGCGGAUGAGGAGGCAGAGAGAGCGUGGCUUCCCAUGACGACGACGGGAGUGAGCGUGAUGCGCGGUGCGGAUGAGGAGGCAGAGAGAGCGUGGCUUCCCAUGACGACGACGGGAGUGAGCGUGAUGCGCGGUGCGGAUGAGGAGGCAGAGAGAGCGUGGCUUCCCAUGACGACGACGGGAGUGGGCGUGAUAUGGCGCCACAUACUCGCGCGUCUGCGGGAGGCGCGCGUUCUCGUGACCUAG